UCAAGGUUAGGGUAAUAUUUUGCUGUUUACGUUCCUAAACAUCAAUGUUCCGGCGACCGAAAUGGUUAUUUACGGGAUUUAUAUAGUUUCCAAGUCGGGCGGCUUGAUAUUCAACUACGACCACACUGUGCCCAAAAUCGAAACGGAGAAAAAGUUCUCGUACCCGCUCGACAUCAAGCUGCGCUUCGAAAACAAGAAAGUAAGCGUCGAGUUCGGCCAAAGGGACGGCAUCCAGGUCGGACACGUGCUGAGCUCAGUCAACGGGAUCCCGGUAACAGGGCGCCAAUUGGACGAUGGCAGGGACGCGUUCGAUGUUAUCGAGGCCCGCGAAAAUUACCCGAUAACGUUGAAAUUCAGCAGACCCAAAAUGACGACCAAUGAGAAAAUCUUCCUCGCCAGCAUGUUUUAUCCGCUGUUCGCGAUGGCCAGCCAGUUGAGUCCCGAGCCCAAGAGUUCGGGCAUCGAAGUGCUCGAAGCGGACACCUUCCGGCUUCAGUGUUUUCAAACGUUGACUGGCGUCAAAAUAAUGGUGGUCGGGGAUCCGCACCAGAGCGGUUUAGAUAUAUUUUUGAAGCGGGUCUACGAACUGUACGCGGAUUAUGCCCUAAAAAAUCCGUUUUAUUCACUGGAAAUGCCCAUCAGGUGCGAGUUGUUCGAUGUCAACCUGAAAAGCCUCUUGGAACAGGUGGACAAAUCCGGCAUAGCCAGUAUUUAAU